AUGCCAGGUGCAGACCAACCAAGAUCAGCCAGUUUGACACCAUUGUUCGGAGCCUUGGACAAUAUAUUCGAACUUCGACACUUUGGAUUCUGGCUCCGACGGCCAAUUUUGAUGGCUAGUGUGAUGAUUGUUUGGCUCAUACCACUGGUAGCCAUCAUCGCACCCGGUACACUCUCUGUGGAGCGAGACAACGGCAAAAGCCUGUACGGUGCGGCGGUACAAGCCGAUAACGGCACGGUCUUCUAUGGCGGAGCGAGAUCAUACCUCAAAGGCCCGACGCUGGCUACCUUUGUUCAAACCGAAAUCCUGUCCGUCGGGAGAGUCUCCACGAAUUUGACCUACUCCAUGGACUUGUACGGGCCGGCCUUGUCCUGCACAAAAGCCGGACAACAAGUGACUGCUCAAUUGACUGAGACCAUGUCAGAAUUUGAACAAGUCAACCAGACCUCGCUCGUCUACGACGUCUGGAUACCCAAGCCCAACUCAACAUCCAACGCGACACUUGUGGACAGCGAUCUCAUCCUUGACAGCACGAAGUCUACGCGUCCUCACGCCCAGUCUGUCGCUUGGAACUGGAUGCCCAGAUGGAGCAGCAUCACUCCUCCGCUGACGGCAAGCACACGCACCAACUCCGUCCUCGACUACGCCAGGUUGAUGGAGACAUUUGGGUCCAUCACAAGCGGUCAGAUGAAAGUGCGCGACGACGAAAAUCUGCCUUUUACCCAGACCAGUCUCGCGCUCGAAACCAGCCCCGUCUUUUUUGCGGACGUCACGCCCAAGCCGUUCGAUGCGAAAGCCAUGAUUACCCUCCAGCGGACUCUGGAGUCGCUGUUCGAGAACAUGACACCCUCCGCGCGCUAUGGCGUUCUUCCAGCGCAAGAUCUCCGGGGUGAUAUGGCUCUUCUGACCCGCGUCCAGGUCAACGCGACAUCGACGUUCGCGUGCAAUGUGGACAAGUAUGAUGCACGGGGGCUGGUCGUGGCGUACUCGCUCGCGGUCGUGGGUAGUGCCGCGUGCAUCCUGCUGGCUGUGCUGGCGGUUCGCGAUAUGCGCGCCGUGUAUUCGAAUAACUUCUCCACCGUGGUCAGAGUGACCAGCGGCCAGAGGUGUCUUGAUCAGGUCAACAAUUCAUUGUUGAUGAGAGGGAUAGGAGUGGUGCGGAACCCUUGCCGAAACGCGUCGCCGAUGCGUAUAUCUGGGUUGGCACGGAGUGGGGGCAAGGUCGCGAUGGAGACGGAUAAUAGUAGUAGGAGUACCAGCCGGUCGAGGGCGGGAAGCAACAAGAGGAAUAGGUUCUGA